CUGGCGUAUUUCUUGUAUUGUGUUAGUCGCAUAGUUUCGCUUCAAGCUUGAUAGUGUAAUAUGUGCAACUUUUAUAUGUAAAAUUAUACUCUUUAUUUAUUCAGAAUGAAAGGGUUCACACUGUGGUUGGUGAUGAUAACAUGCACGAUAAAGAGUUUAAACUGUUUGUUUUUUCAUGAACCAUCCGCUAGUGUGAUAGAGGGGAAAAAUAAACUCAUUGGUUAUUCAUUUGGCUAUCAGAAGCAACAGAAAAAAUUAGUUUCAGGCGACCCAAGCGGUGUAAUUGGAAAUGUGGAAUAUUGUCCAGUUUCCACUUCACUGGACGAAAAGAGAAAUUUAAAAUUCGAGAAAUGUGAAUCAAUUAAUGAGAUCAAUUCCACUUUUUCCAAACAUUUAAGCAAUGGUCGUAGAGCAUCCGAUGACUACAAGUAUAUGUUCGGAGCGACUAUAGCCAUUUUAAACGAUUCUUUUGUGACUUGCGCACCGAUGUGGUCAGGUGAAUAUGAUUUUUAUGGAACGAGGAAAUUCUUUGUUUGGGGCGCCUGUUUUGAUGUGAGACGCCAAACAGUCACGCCACUCACUGGUUUAUAUGGACACCCACGCAAAUCUUUCAACACUGAAGGCAGUUUUGGUUGGAGAACGUUAGUCGAUGAGAUAAAUAACAUAUUACUUAUAUCAAAACCAGCGUCGCCAUCUCUACACGGAGAUAUAGCAUAUGUCAACAAGAUAUUUUUUCAAAAAAUCAUUUAA